AUGGUGGAGAAUGCCGCCAACCAAAAUGGAGUUGCCAUUGUCGAUAUUCGCCUGCAAAAGAGCUUCACUUACCUUGAGUUGAUUCAUGCUGCAAGCAAAUUACGCCUUGAAUUAUUGAAGGGCAAAAGCUCAUUAGACCAAGAGAGAAUAGCCAUCUUAUGUCCUAGUGGAUUCCCUUACGUUGUAGCGUUGUUAGCAAUUUGGGCUGCUGGAGGUAUCGCUGUACCACUGUGUACCACGCAUCCUGCACCGGAACAAAUCUACACAUUGCAAGAUUCUCAAGCAUCAUUUAUCCUUGGUCAUCCUGUAUUCGCUGAUCGUAUUUCUGAACUAUCCAAUGCCACCAAACUACCAAGCAUAAUCAAAGACGAUGACAGCUUUAUCGCCAUGACUAACGUGGAUAGCCUCAGCCGACCCGACAUUGCAUUAUUCGAUGCUGAUUUUGAUGCGGGUGCUCUCAUCAUCUACACCAGUGGCACAACAGGCAAACCCAAAGGUGCUGUCUCUACGCAUUCUGUCAUUGAUGCCCAAGCAUCUGUGUUAGUAACGGCCUGGUAUUGGACAUCCGAGGAUCGCUUGCACCAUAUCCUCCCUCUGCAUCAUAUCCAUGGCAUUGUCAAUGCGCUCAUCUGUCCAUUAUGGAUUGGCGCCACAGUUGAAAUGCACCAAAAGUUUGAUACUACUCAGGUGUGGGCUCGUUGGGCAAACACAGAGUUGCCUCGCCUCAGCGUGUUUAUGAGCGUGCCUACGGUGUAUUCAAAACUCCAGCAAUUCUACAAGACGCAAGAUAGGGAAACACAGGCUGUCUUGACAACAGCAUGCAAGCAAUUCAGAUUCAUGGUGUCAGGUUCCGCUUCUUUGCCAACAACCUUGAGAAACGAUUGGAGAAAACUGAGUGAGGGUCAGGUCUUACUAGAGCGUUAUGGCAUGACCGAGAUUGGUAUGGCACUCAGUCAAGAAUAUGUGAUUUGGGAGCGAGUACAAGGCACGGUGGGCAUUCCUUUACCUGGCGUUGAAGCCAGAAUCAUUUCUGCAGAGACAAAUGAGGAUGUUACUGAGGCAAGAAAUGUUCCUGGCAUGCUGCAAAUUCGCGGCAAAACUGUGUUCAAGGAGUAUUGGGGACGCCCUGAUGCUACUAAAAAGGAAUUCACCGAGGAUGGCUGGUUUAUUACUGGCGAUGUUGCUCAGAGAGUGGGGCAUCAUGGAUAUUUUCAAAUCAUGGGCAGAAACAGCAUAGAUAUUCUCAAGACUGGUGGAGAGAAAGUGAGCGCAUUAGAAAUAGAAAGAGAAUUACUAUCCUGCGAUUUAGGCAUUCAAGACGUAGCUGUUGUUGGUAUUCCUGAUCCUGAAUGGGGUCAAAAAGUUGCAGCUGCUGUCGUUUUAGAAAAUGGAAAGGAUCUUAACUUGGCUACAAUGAGAAAUGCCAUGAAGAAGCGAGUGGCAGUCUACAAAGUGCCUGCAUUACUAAAGAUUGUUGAUGAACUGCCUAAAAAUGCAAUGGGCAAGGUGACAAAGAAGGAUGUGGUCAAUUCAUUCUAA